GGCCUGUCAUAUAAAAACGCAUCUUCUCAAUGAAUCAAAUAACUAACUCAAACGUUAGCAAACAUGAAGGUUCUUCUAAUAUUGGCAGUUGUUGUGGUAGCAGCUUUGGCUGAUACAGGAUACAUCCAGCCAGAAUUCUACCCAGCAGUGCCCAGAGAGUACUCAAACAGUUCCGACUUGAGAAUAGUUGCUGGUUCGAACGCAGCCAGAAACCAGUUCCCUUACCAAAUUUCUCUACGUGUUAUUUCUGGAAGUUCCCUCUUCCACAUCUGUGGAGGUUCCAUCCUCAGUCAAAGAUGGGUCCUUACCGCUGCUCAUUGCACACAAUAUGCCGCCAAUCAAUUCAGGGUCACUGCCGGUAUCCUGUUGCAAACUGACUCUGGAAUUGCCAACCAACAAACCGUAUCUGUUUCUUAUUAUGUCAACCAUGCCUCAUAUCCAGGAGGCAGCACUGUUUCUGCUAACGAUAUCAGUGUUAUCCGCCUGGCUUCUCUCUUAACCUACGGAGUCAACGUACAACCCAUCGCUCUUCCAGUUGCUGGUGCCGUUCCUAGUGGUACCGCCGUCGUUUCCGGAUGGGGAUCCCUUGGACCCCCAACCAACUCUGCCCCAAACAACCUUCAGUUUGUUAACCUUCCAAUCUUGGCUAAAGCUCAAUGCGCAAGUGUUAUUGCACAACUUUCUGGAAGCAACAACCCAUUCAGAUCUGCCCUUAACGUUUGUACAACAACCCGUUCAUCUUCGAGCAGGGAAGCUGUCUGCAGCGGUGACAGCGGUGGCCCAUUGGUCGUCAACUCUCGUUUGGUCGGUGUUGUUUCCUGGGGAUACAGUCCAUGUGGAAAUCCUGGAUUCCCAUCUGUAUACGUCGACACAGCUGCUUACAUCUCCUGGAUCCAACAAAAUACUAACAACCUCUCCAAUUAUACACUAACUUUAACGUUAGCAAAUAUGAAGGUUCUUCUAGUUCUAGCAACUGUUGUGGUAGCAGCUUUGGCUGAUGGAUACAUCCAGCCAGAAUUAUACCCAGUAGUGCCCAGACAGUACUCAAACAGUACCGACUUGAAAAUUGUUUCUGGUUCCAACGCCGUCAGAAACCAGUUCCCGUAUCAAAUUUCUCUACGUGUUGUUUCUGGAAAUGCCCUCUUUCACAUUUGCGGAGGUUCCAUCCUCAGUCAAAGAUGGGUUCUUUCGGCUGCUCACUGCACGCAAUAUGCUGCUAGUCAAUUAAGGGUAACUGCCGGUAUCUUGUUGCAAACUGAUUCUGGAAUUGCCAACCAACAAACUGUCGCUGUCGCCAGUUUUGUUAACCAUGCUGGCUACCCAGGAGGCAACGUUGUUGCCGCUAACGACAUCUCCGUGAUCCGUCUGGCCUCUCUCCUUACCUACGGAGUCAACGUACAACCCAUUGCCCUUCCAGUUGCCGGUGCUGUUCCUAGCGGUACUUCCGUCGUCUCUGGAUGGGGAUCACUUGGACCCCCCACUAACGCUUCGCCAAACAACCUUCAAUUUGUUAACGUCCCAAUUUUGGCCAAAGACCAAUGUGCCAAUGUCAUCAGACAACUUUCUGGAAUUAUCAACCCCUUCAGAUCUGCUCUUAACGUGUGCACAACAACCCGUGCAGCUUCAAGUAUCGAAGCUGUCUGCAGUGGUGACAGCGGUGGCCCAUUGGUAGUCAACUCUCGUGUGGUCGGUAUUGUUUCCUGGGGCUACAGUCCAUGUGGAAACGCUGGAUUCCCAUCUGUAUACGUCGACACUGCCGCUUACAUUGCAUGGAUCUUGCAAAACACUAACAACUUGUCUAAUUAAUGUAAAAUGUGCUAUAGUCAGUUAAAUUAAUAAAAGCUGUGUAUACUGAA